AUGGAUAUUCCAGCUUUCAUUGUAAUCCCAACCAUUGUUCCCAACAAGUAUGAUGAAGGAAACACAAGUAUUUCCUCUUUCUCAAAGCCUAACACUCGAUGGCACAGCGAAUCUCCCAGCAAUCGUGAUGAAAUUCCUAGAUCGCCACCUCGGCCUGCCUCCUUGCCUGACUACUGCCUCUGUCAUGGUCUCCCCUACAACCCUCGUCGUUGCACUCCAAAGAUCUCAUCCGUUGCUGCUCUGCGUGCCCCUCGCUAUCCCGUCCGUCGAUCUGACAGCCACGCCCCUCGAUACCCCAUGCGUCAAGUGACCAGAAGAUCUUUAUUAUCAUCAAGCUUGAGCCAGUAA